AUGUUUGUCCUGAACUUCUGGGGCACCAGCCGCGACGACGCCUUCGACGUCAUCCACCACCGCAUCAAACACGGUCACAACACCGUCGACGAGGUCAUCAAGUACUACACUGAGCGCAUCGCCGUCGAGGCCGAAUACAUCCGCCGCCUCGAUAAACUCGGGCGGAUCCACAUCGGCCGCAACGAGACGGGACUGCUAAAAGUGCUGAUGGACCUGUUGAUGGUGGAGAACCACCACGGCGUCGACAACUGCCGCAAACAGCUUAAGCUGAUGGAGGAUAACUGCCGCCAGUUGAAGGAGUUCGCCCACCUCUACGAUAAGAAGACGCUGAAGAUUUUGAACCAUAUGACUAAGCUCUUGCACAAGCUCAGCCUGGCCGAGCACCAUUUGGAGCAGGAACAGACGCGGUACCGAGACGACUGUGGCAUGCUCAAGGGGCUCCGGCUUCAAGUGCAAACCACGUGGGGGAAGGAGUUGGAGAAGUAUCAGGUGAAACAGGUGAAGGCCCAGCAGCUGGCCCAGCACCUGCGCAAGCUGUACCAGAUGGCCAUCACCACCUAUAACGAGCUCCAGGACAUCUACAAGAAGGACUGGGCGGUGGCGUUGCUGGACUUGUACAAGUUGGAGUUGGAGCGGAUCCAGUUGCUCAAAGUGAACUGCUUCAACUGGUGCAACGUUAUUGCCACCUACUGUGUCGACCAGGACGCCACUGUCGACGUGGCGCGGACCUCCUUCGCUCAAAUCAACCCCGCUACCGAUUUACUGGAGUUUACCAAGGCCUACGGCACCGGCAACAGCACUUUAGAGCACGCCAAGUUCGUCGACUACCUCAACGGCGAGGCCGGCGACUUCGAAGUGCACACGGAGAAAGUCGAGUAUAAGGACCCCCAAUACAACCCCAUCUUGCUGAAGCCGUUGCUCGCGCCCCAGUCGGCGUCCCACGUCCACCCCGGCGCCGCUGCCGUCGAGGCGGCGCUGAAGUACCAGGCGACCAGCGUCGCGCUGAACGACGUCCUGCCCCAGCGAGCCCAGGUUAAACGCAAACCGCCUCAGGACUUUGACGACUCCGAACGUGACGAAAAUGAAGUGUUCUCUGAGCCCGAGCUCCGCCAGUCCCAGGGGCUGAGCAAGUACUCGGAGCCGACAAACUACACGCUGUCCAACUACUCGCUGACGUCGAAACGGCUGUGGAACCUGGCGCGUAAAGGCGAGCAGCAGUUGAAGCAGGUCCAGGAACAGAUUAAUCGCCAGCUGAAACCGGUGGUAGCGCCCCAUCCCACGUUAGACCCCCAACCUAAAGUGAAUAUCAUGAAGGACUUCAGCGUCGACUUCUUGCUGAAGGCGCUUGACGACUUGAACCUGGGCGGCACCGGCGACGUGCUGCGGUACCGUAAGAGCGUGCGCCGCCAGCAGGCUCAGGAGGAGGAGUUCCGCCGCAGCCAGGGCGCCGCCGCCGCCUCCCACCGCCGCCCCACGCUGGACUACAUCGAUGACCUGGACGAGGUGGCGGUGCGCUACGAGUCGCUCACCUUCGGCCGCCCCAAGCUGGCGUAUGCCCCCACCAUCCACACCGAGCCCAGUCAGCCGGAGACGUUUGACCCCCGCAAGCUGAAGCGGAUGAUCAAGCUGCCGCUGAAGCUGUACACCGACCUCCGGCUGGUGGCGGCGGCGGAGAUGGUGGAGAUGGAGCCGGCGACGCGGACCAAGACCAACCCCGGCGACCGGCGCCGCCAGAGCAUGCCCUACCCGUCCCGCGACUUUGCCGAGGCCGCCGCCGAGGCGGCGCUGAGGCCCCAUGCCAACAAACGACACCUGAUGCCGGCGGCGCGGAUCCCGACGCAUACCCCGGUGCUGAAGCAGCCCAUCGUCGGCAAGGCCCGCGCCAAAUACACCUUCCACCCCAACCCCAACCCCGACCCGCACGACUUGAACCAGAAGCUGGAGAUGUUCUUCCGCAAGGGGUGGACGAUGUACAUCAUCCAGCGCCAGGAGGACGACUGGUACUGGGCCGAGUUGCUGGCGGCGUGCGGGCCCGGCCACGCGGGGCGGGUGGGGCUUGUCCCCGGCAACUACUUGGACGAAGGCGGCGAGGAAAUCUUCCAAGGGUAA